AAUAUAUGUGACACGAAGAAUAUGGGUCAAUAUGGGUUAAGCCAUGAAUCGUACAAUCGUAAAUGAUUUAUUUGAUCUGAACGAUUUGGAGAGGAUGAUUUAGAAGACAAAUAAACAUGAUUGGUUGCUUUAAAUUAUAGUAUUAUCGAAUAAAUUAUUCUAAAAGAAUUUUAAAAUGAAUAAUGUUACUUCGCAGGAAGUAUCAUUGAAAUCAGUGUUAACAUUAAACAGUAAUGACUUUAAAGAAUUUGUUUGUGGCUGGGGGGCUGCUGUUAUUAAUGUUUCUGUUACCUUUCCCAUUAAUAAGAUUAUAUUUAGACAGAUUUUAGAAGAUAUACCAGCCAAUACUGCUUUGAAACAAAUAUCCAAAGAAGGCAUUCGAUUGUUAUACCGUGGAAUUUUACCACCCCUUUGCCAAAAAACUCUUUCUCUUAGUGUAAUGUUUAGCAUGUAUGAAGGAUGCAAAAAGCGUUUAUACGUAUUGACAAACAAUGAUUUGUUAGUUAGAAUAUUAGCUGCCCAUUUUGCUGGCACUGCAGAGGCUAUACUUAUGCCACUUGAGAGAGUACAAACUCUACUGCAAGAUUGGAGAUACCACGAUAAAUUUAAAAAUACUUCUCAUGCAUUUAAAUAUUUAUUGAAGAAUUAUGGUAUAUCGGAGUGCUACCGUGGUUUAGUUCCAAUUAUAUAUAGGAAUAGCUGUUCUAAUCUUAUGUUCUUUAUUUUAAGAGAACAGUCAAAAGAAUUAAUGGGCAACCAGGAGUCGUUGGUAACAAGUUUUGUUAACGGUGCUUUAAUAGGUGGCUUUACAAGCACCAUAUUUUAUCCAAUGAAUGUAAUAAAGAUACAUAUGCAGUCAAAGGUAGGCGGUAACUUUGAAAAAUUCAUAACUGUUACUCGUGAAAUAUAUAUAGCAAGAAAUAGAAGUUUAGUUUCAUUUUAUAAAGGUGUACAAUUGAACUGUAUGAGAUCGUUUAUUAGCUGGGGAGUGAUAAACGCAUCUUACGAUUUCUUUAAACGGAUCAUGUUUUAA